GCCACAUUUCCAGACAAACACCUUUGCAUUUUUGUCAGAACAGGGCGAGGGUGAAAGAUGAACAGUCCUCAGUAAAUUAUUAUAAGGGAUUAAAAGAGCUGAACGUUUGAGCAGCUCUCUUCUCAGACUGGAUGUAGCGGUCCCUCGUAUCGGGGCUCUCCGUUUACAUUAUUCAUACGGAGGAGGGUGUGACUUGUUGGCUCUUUUUUCCGCCUGUAUAAAACGAGAAGUUCGCGUAAAAGAAAAUACAGAUGGAGAAGGCUAGCCGGCUCGCUGUGUCACAGAGAGUCCCCUUAAGCCUACGUGACAACUCACAUACUGUCCCUUUGUGACUAGCUUAAUCGGCAGAAUGCCCGGUCUCUGCGUGCUUUGUCUCGCCGCCGCGCUGGCUGCGUUCACCCGGCUCGCCGGCACCGUGGGGCCGGUGGUCCGAUGCGAGCCGUGCGAUGCCGGGGCGCUCCUGCAGUGCAAGCCGCUGUCGAAGGACUGUGCGGAGCGGGUGAGGGAGCCCGGCUGCGGCUGCUGCAUGACGUGCGCCCUCGGCGAGGGACUGGCGUGUGGAGUGUAUACGGCGCGCUGUGGCUCCGGUUUGACCUGCCAGCACCAGCCGGGGGAGAGCCGACCCCUGCAAGCUCUUCUGGAGGGACGGGGAGUGUGCUCCAGGGCCGCGUCCAAAAAGCUCAACAGCAUUCUCAUACCGCCGCAAAAACAAGAGAACGCUGGAAAUCAGGUAGAAGACAGCUUUGCCAACGUGACCGUGGCGAUGACAGUGUUGCCUGGCGUGGCAACCGUGAAGGGUGGGCACAGUCGGGGGUCAAUGGACACCAGGCCUCCACUGCACAACAAGCUGAUCCAGAAAGAUCAGAACAGGAAGACUCAGAGCUACAAGGUGGAAUCAGUGUCAGGAGGAGCCAAUAUGGACAUGCACAACUUCUCCCUGGAGAACAAGAGGGAGACCGAGUAUGGGCCAUGUCGGCGGGAGAUGGAGAGCAUCCUGAGCAGUCUUAAAAUCAGCAACGUGCUCAACCCGAGAGGCUUCCGCAUACCCAACUGUGACAGAAAGGGCUUCUACAAGAAAAAACAGUGCCGUCCAUCCAAAGGAAGGAGGCGGGGGUACUGCUGGUGCGUGGACAAAUACGGGCAACCUCUGCCCGGCUACGACGGCAGGGAGCGGGGCGAGACACAGUGCUACAACCUGGAGAGCAAAUGAGAAAAUGGAGAAACAACGAGUGGACGGAGAGAGGAAGACAGAAUAAGAAGGGGGGCGGGGGGAGAAGACAGAGAGAGAAAGCCUACUUUGCUCUUGCAUGUAGUUUUAUGUAAACAUUUGAACGGGCUCUGGACCUUUGAUUUCAGGUCCCAUUUCUGUCAGAGAGUUAGGGCGAGAACAAGGGGGAGGGGAGGGGAAAGGGGUGGAGCACAGCCUCAGCAACCGGCCAAGCCUCCUGUCCAUCACAGCUAUCUGUCCUGUGCUUAGGGAACCUUUAUCCUUUCUUAAAAAAAAAAACAAUUAAGCUGAAAGCUGAGAGAAUGGGACGAAAGAGAGAAUCCUACCAUCUGCACUAUUCUUUUAGAGAGAGAGGAAGGAGGGACUUUUCCACUCACUUUAAAGAGGACUCAUUUGUGACUGUGACCCGAAAAACCGCACCACCACCGUUUCUAUUGUGUGUGUCUGUCUGUGAGUGUGUAGCCGCGAGUCUGUGUGUGUAUCUUAAUGUGUGAGCACCUGCAUAACAUACGUGUGCACAGCUGCAUGUCUGUGCAGGACGCCGUGCGAGUGAGCGCUUUCCCAAAAGUGUUUAUUUGUGUAAAUACUGUAUGUCACGAAGCUCAGUUUAGCGAUGUCAGACUGCCCGUCUCCAGCCCCUGCUCAAUUAAAAAUGCAGAAAAGAAAAAAAAACACUCUCUGGCUCAGGGUCCAUUUUGAAGUGAAGGAUUAUGGGAUGGCAGGUCUUUGACUUUUAUCCAGCACCAAGGGCCCCUUCUUGCUGCCUCUGGGUUGCUCCUCGCUCCUGCUAUUGGGAAGGAAAUGGAGGCAAACCAUGCAGUCUCAGUGCCUUAAAACAGUACUUUCCAUGCCUCCCCCCCCCUUCACCCCCUGUAGUCCUCAAUUAAAGGAGUACUUCACUGAAAAUCGACCUUUUGAGUAUGAGAUACUUAUCUCCCGCAGCUUUGAAAUAUGGCUCUGAAAAAUGUGCUUACACCUUUGUGGUGAACAGCAGCUGUAUUUAACUUGGAUUAACAACAGCUACAGAAGAUCUGAAGGGUGAUAUUGCAAAAACAGCAUGAAAUCAUCUAAAGAAACUUCUGAAACCACUCCUCCAGCAUAUAAUCCACUCCCUGCAGACAUUCUGAGCCAAGAGGUAGGGAGACUGUGAAAUGAAACUAUAUGUGUUUUGAACAGAUCAACAUUGGAGAUUAAGAUGCAAAAUGUGCCAAAAUAUUAGUUGGGCUUCUGUUCAUAGCAUCUGUUACCACAUUUUCCAUGUCAACCAAAUGACAGACGCUACUCGUUUGUUUGUGCAAACCUAUUAGAAAAACAAUCACUUGAACAUACGUCAGCUUCAUAAAAACGACCUAAAAUGACAGAAACCAUUAUAAUUUUUAUUUGACCACUACUUGGAUUUUUGUUUUUUGGCCUGUGUAUUUAGCCAUAUUUUGAAAACAAUAUGAAUGUAUGGAACACACCAGUACAGACAGACAGGGGAAAGGUGGCUUAUGCUUCUGCAGUGGUUUGAGAAGUUUCCGUGGACAUUUUAAUACUUUUGUGUGACUCUGGACAGCUGUCAUUCUGAGUGAAAAAAAGCAGUUCCAACCUUUUCUGAGCCUUUUUUAAGCUGACAGGGGGCAAGUAUUUUAAACUCAAAGGAUAGAUUCCUGGUGGAGUAUCAUUAUGAGGUGCUCACAUGCCACCCUGGUGUCUUAGGGAUUAGUUUAGUCUAUUGUCUCCUUCCCACCACCUACUGUUUCUGUCCACAUUCGUGUCCCUGUCCCACUGUAACUCUAACCUGCUCUCCUGUGUCCUCAUCCCUGUCCUUGUCCGUCAUGCAGUGCUAAGGUCUUCCAAUCCUACUUGUCUUCACCCUGUCUGAAUCUUUGUCUUUGUCUGUGUGCCUGAUCCCGUCCCCGUCUACAACCCACUAACCCCAGCUGUCAGUUCCCACCCAAGCACCCUGCCCCAUCUCCGGUCCUCUUACUGUCAGUGGUGCAACCUGGUGUAGGCUUGUUUGAACGGGGCGAGCCCGGUGUGACCGCCCGCCCGCCCUGCCGCAGGUGCCAGCCGCCCCUAUGCUUCAAGCUCAAGCACAAGCACUUAAAGCACUUUAGCUGCGCAGCUACUCGUCAAUGCAUGCAGUUAAAGACAAUUGGACCUAUCUGGAUCUGCAUACCUUUCCUCAGAGGUAAUGUCAGAUGAAACAGUGUGAUACUGUAUGAAAACAAUAAUAACCCAGGGAGGAGGGAAAAGAAAAACAGAAAGAACGAAAAAAAAAAAAAAAACGAAGCUACACCAGGACUUCUGACAGCAAACUUAGCAAACACCCCUCAGAAAUUUUCCAUUCAAUGCAAAUAUUUUCUUUUUUGUUGUUGUUGUUUUUGUUUCUUUGAAAAAUGCUUGUAUGAUCGUAUGCCAACAAAUCUCCACAAGGUGGACACAGCACCAAAUAUGCAUUCACACAAGUGGUAGGGGGUCUGAGGGAGGAGGCGGGGUCCUCCCCGAGGAGCUUCCUGCCCGAUGCUCUCCCACAUCCUGUGUAAAGACUUGAAAAGUGGAGAGAGUGCCGACAAAGAAUGCUUGCCCAGUAGCUUGGUAGCAUGAAAUCGGCUGUACACUUCCUUUAAUAGAGAGCAGCAACUUACAACCAACCUGUUGGUGCUAUAUCCCAUCUAUUCAAAGACUUGAUGUACGGGGAGGAACAUACAUACAAAUAUGUUUAAGCUAUUCCCUCCCUAUUAUUUGUAAGUGUGUCUUUUUAUAUAUAUAUAUAUAUUAUUAUUAUUAUUAUUAUUAAUAUUAUUAUUAUUAUUAUUAUUAUUAUUAUUUCCUGGCCAGCUAUGUGUCUGACUAGACAUCAUGUACAGUACUUAAAACUAAAAAUUAUUUAUCUAAGAAAGAAUUAUAAGCUGAUCCAAACUAGGUUUUCUUAUGAACAAUUCAGUGACUCACCGAUUGCACAGCAAAGUCUAUUUGAUUCAGUGUAUUUUGGGGAAUAUAAUCACUAAUGAAUGUUUUAUUUUUUAAUGAACCUUUUCCUUCUGUUGCACAGCAGGGUCAUUUGUAAGCUCUGUGCCCAGCAGGCGAGUUUCAGCCUUGGGCCAAAAGAUCUGUGUCAGUCAGGCACUCAGGUCUCUGGUCAUCUUAGUUUACUGCUUCUUAAUGCCAGUGAACCUCUCACCUCUCAGUAAGUCACUUCUCUCCAUGCACACCCAGCCAUCCCGCCUCAGUCUGUUAGUGCAGAGCCAGGGUCACACUUCUGUAAUGUCACUUUUUACUUUUUAUCAUUCUUUUUCCCUGCUGGUCACGUUAAGAAUCUCUCUGUUCACGGGUAAAUGUCUUUUGUUUUUCUUUUCAAGUUUAUCCUUCAAAGAGUUUUUUUUUUUUUGAUUCAAGCUCUUCAUGAUAUAAACUAGAUAUCACACAGCUAUUAUUUUCUCUGAGAAAGGAAAUGAUUUUGAUUCAAAAUAUUAUUUGUAUUUAAUGUCUUUUUUUAAAUAAAAAGUGAACACAUUUUAAGAUACUGUCCCAGAUGUUUGUUUUUGUCUCUCCUAUGACUUUCAAAUCACUGUGAAGGAACAGGUUUGUGUUGUCAUCAGCAGCUAAUAGGCCUGAUCAUCUGGGCUUCAUUUGUGCAGCACAAUCAGGACACAAAUUUUCUCCUGCUGAAGUCCUUGAAUGCAAUCAGGCUCCCCUCAGUCUUGGAAUGUGUCAAUAAGGAUAAAGCAAAGGUUCAAUUUGUAAAGAAUAAAAAUAAAUCUGGUGGUGCCAGGCAGGCUGGCAGUGGGCACGAGAGGUUGAGGCGAAUUCCUGUGCCCGACCAAGGCAAACAGAGAGCGGGUCAAAAGGCAGCGCGGAGCUGCAUGUCCCCACGAGCCGCCUAAAGUUAGACAAGGACCUCCACUUUAGAUCACCGUGAUAACACUGCACACAAACACACCCAAUAUAGAAAGACGCGGUGCAGGAGUUGCAUCUACACACAGGCUUUCAUAAUCACGUCCAGAUGAAGCUGUUAUGAUUCUUGUGUUUUGCCACCUAUGGAUGUUUGUGCACAAAGUAAACCUGCUUGAGGUGAAAGGGAGGCCAGGACCACAUAGCUGAGAUUAAUGUUUUUAUUAAAUAUAUCACCUUUUUUUCUUCUUACAUUACAUCUCAAUUACAAAAGUAUACAUACACACAUGUGAGCAGUUGGUCACUUUGGAAUAGACUCACAUAAACAAUAAUUCUCCCUCCAACAGCAGCACGUAGAUAGAGCAGAGGCGUUGCACGUCAUGGUUCACUGUGGGACUCGCUCUUUGUGGUCAUGUGUUCUUGGUCAGAGAGAACAGCAACAUGUAAAGUAAAAUAGCAAGUCUUUUUUUUGACAGAUACAUCAACACAUGUGACAGUAGACACAUAAAUAUUGGAGGUAGGUAAAUGUAGAAAUACCCGUCUGAGAGGCGCCUGUUAUCUGUAACCCCAUGGAACCAUGGGAAAUGUUUUCUGAGUACUGUGUAAGGAUUCCCGACUGAGAGUUGUGCAUUCACUGACAAAAGCUGAUCAUGUGUCACAUCAGGAAAAAAAGGACAGUAACAAAAAAAGACAUAAGAAUGGCAACAAUAUGAAAAAGGAAUCAUAAAAACAACAUUUAGAAAUACUUCUAAAUGACAUUUGGUCACUCAGUGCUUUUGUUCUUGCUUGGUUUGUCACAAACCAAACCUCCAGACAACUCCUUUAAGGGUAGAGCGAGCUCAACUCAGCAGUGGAGUUACUCAGGGCCAAGAUACAUAUGUACACUUUAUACAUCCAUAAAAAAUAAUAAUAUAAUAACAAUAAGGCAAAAAAUUAUAUAAAUACUUAAAAAAUAAUUACAAAUAACAAAUAAAAUGAAAUAAACUUGAAAUAAAUAAGGCUGAAGAGUAGAAGUAAAUGCAUCAAUAUUAAAAUUGUUUCAGAAAAACAAAAAUAGAUAUUUUUCUCUUUGGGACGGGUGUUUUGAAGAGGAGGGAGGGAGGG